GGCGCACUUCAAAUCAGUCGCGCUUCGACCUUCGUCGUGGAAGGAUUUUGCGCGUUACUCUCUGUCAGUCGAUCCGUUGGUUGCCGUACACUGUCAUUCGUGCGAUCGUCGUUCUCGAUCGUCCGUCGCGAGGUGACGUACGUCGAUUAGAGACACGUCGCGAGUCAGUGUCGUAUACAAGCGUGCUCGAGUUUUUUCUUUCUUUCGUUAUCGGGUCAGUGCCAAGAUACGCCAUUACGCGAGUUCCACGCCGGCGGCGGUGACGCGCGUCGCCUGGGAUCAUCGUCGGUGGAUGCUGCUCAGCUGCUCGUGGCUGCUGUGCGAGAUCUCAAAAACCGUCAGAUCGAAUAGCCGCCGCGUGGAAUAGAGAGCUUCGAGGACUUUGAAAUAGACAUGUGCGUCAAGGAUCAAUUGGACGUUAUUCGCCAAUGACAUAGGCAACGGCAACAAGGUGACAACGAGGACUGUGACGCACACAGCCCAACAAUCGACUGAAAAUGGCCAAAAGCGCUGAGAGAUUACCCGGUACUUCUACCAGACUUAGGACCAGGGAUGACGGCUGCUGUUCCGUGAAUUUCUUGAAAUACGUUCUUCACAUUUACAACGUGGUGCUGUUUCUGUCCGGACUGGUGGUAGGUGGCAUCGGUAUCUGGACGGUGGCAGCGAAGCACAGCUACGUGUCACUGAUGUCCACGUCGACGUAUCCUACUUUGGCCUACGCCUUGAUCGUCGCAGGUGUACUGGCUGUCAUCGGUAGCUGGCUCGGAUGCGGCGGCGUAACUUCUGAAAAUCGAUGUAUCCUCCUCGUGUACGUCUUCGUGGUGAUGGCAGUACUCGUUCUGGAGGCUGGAGUCGGUGCACUGGCGCGUCUGUAUGAGGAACAAGUUGGCCCUGAAUUGAAGAUGAAUUUGAAUCGUACCUUCCUCGAGAACUACGCCGUACGAUCCCGAGAAACCGCGGCCAUCGACCAGAUGCAGAAAGAAUUCAAAUGCUGCGGUGCCUUGAGAUUCGAGGACUGGCUCGUGAGCGAGUGGCAUAAGGAUGAGGAAGUCCUCAAGAACGGCAGCGUCGUACCUGACAGCUGCUGCAAGACGCCGACGUUACUUUGCGGAAAAAGGGAUCAUCCCUCCAAUAUUCAGUACACGGGCUGCAUUUACAAGUUCCUGGAAACGACGAAGGACCACCUGAUAAUCCUGGGCGCUGUCGGACUCGGUCUGUCUGUUCUCGAGCUCUUCGGCAUCGUUCUUGGCUCUUGCCUUUAUAUAAAGCUCAGGCACGACUUUGACGACUGAGAAUUGCUUCAAUGCCCCGAGGGCAACAACAACGGCCAGUCGUGGUGCAGAUACAUGCAGAACAAUCCGGAGACCGUUUGAUCGUCGGAGUAGGGGCGGGAGGACGCGCGAUUACAGCCGCGGGAUCGUACGGAUGAAAGGGAAUCAUCCUCAACCGCGGACUCUCGUUCGCCACUCCCUCCCCCUAACGCGUUCAGAAAGGUAUCAACAAGUGAAAAUAGAGGUAACGAUAAAGAAACGGUGCCGCCUUCGUCGAUCGUUGCCUCGCUUCCCGCGAACUUUAUGCAAAUUACGUGAUUACGGACAAUCAAAGAAGGAAGCGAAAAUUCGAAGGUAAAAACGCAUAAAUUGUAAAAAUCGUUCCGGCGUCUCGGGGUCUGAAGGCAAAAGGUGCUUCUGAUCGUUGAACACUUGUGCAACGGAGUUGGGUUUAAGACUCGUCUGCAUUACCAACGAUAUUAAAUAGAUCCUUUCAAAGACGGUGCUAUUACAAAGAAAUGAGAGAAAAAACUGAAACGUAUCACGAAGAUUGCUCCUGAAAUCGAUCGGCUUUGUUCGUGCCUUCGUAAUGAUUUAUUUCACAAUGGUACCGUCUUUAUUGUAUCGUUUCAGAAUUUUCACGAGCUCGCAACAAUGCCAACAGGUUUUAAAUCCGGCUUUAGUGCCUUUUCAAACGGCGUUCCCACGCAAGAAAUUACAAAGAUAUGAACACAGUUUUAAUAAACAAGCGUGCGUGGACGCAUUUGCAGGACCAGUAUAAUUAUCUCGAGUAUGUAUCUAAGGCCUUUCGCGAUCGGCGCAGUCGAUUGGUUGCGCGACUCACGACUAGCCGAAACUGUAGUUCUCGCUAUCAAUGGUGUUUGAAUAUUUUCUGUGGUAUUUUCUCCCGAAUAAAAACGAGUCUAGAUCCUUUUUUAUAGUGCAUCGUCAGCCCGUUGACGUUAAUUAGCCAGAUAGCCAAGAGAAUGUAUUGCAAACUGUAUAUUACAGUAGAACACCAGCAACACAGCCGAGAUAGUUUAUUGUUUUCCUAAUAUCAAUAGAAAUAUAUCGGAAAACGAGCAGACCUUACAUUCCCAUCCAAUAAGUUUAUUUAUCGUUAUUCUAGCGUCAAAAUGACGACAAGUAACGUUAUCUUGUUUGCUGGAUUACGACAUCAUGAUGGCAAGAUAUGCUCCAUUUCUACUGCAUUUCCGUUAUUACAUUAUGGCAAAUCGUAAUGGCAGAAACCAAAUUAAAGAGCAUACAAUAGAUAGGAAUUUACUUUAAAAUCAUGACUGAAUUUGCUGGCAACUACUGACAUAUUUCAUUUUGGCUAUCUGGGUACACAAAGUCUAAUCGUUCCGUCGAGCGUAAUAUUUUAUAAACUCGACGAAAUUUUGCACGCGCGAAGGCGCUGACUCGAUACUGCCAUUGCAAAUUUGCACAAUUUUUAAUCGCGUUUCAAGUACCGCGAUUGUAAGAGCCAUGACAAAAAAAUUUCUUGCGCAUUAUGGGAGUAGCCACGUGACCAUGUCUGACUUCUCCCAUAUAACAAAAAGAUCUGAUCGAGUUAUGUCAAUUUUCCUACGGUUGGAUCGCACGUCAUCGAGUUUAAUUUAUACAUCUCUUUUUUUUCUUCUUGGCUCGCGCGAGCUGCGUCGAUGAAUAAAUACGUAUAAUCGAACGAAUCCACUUGCCAUAAACACGAUGACGGAUCGAUCUGUAUCCGGUGCAGCGAAGACAAGGCAAAAAUCGACUUGAUAGAACUGUAAACAGUGCCUUCAUGAUAUUGUUAAGCUCAGAGAUAUUUUAGAGUACACAUAAAAAAAA